GGAUCUCUACAUGGAUCCCGGAUCUCUGCAAGGGCUAGUCACUGAGUUACCUGAUGACAAGCCAGUGAAUAUAAACUGGACUGCAAUUCUAUUAUGCAAGUUUCAUUCUGUUCCAUCGCCUACAUUGCAAACUGCUGGAGCCUUUAGACCUUGACCUUUAUGCUAUUGAGUGAGACAUGGACACAUGAGAUGAGGAAGGCUGGCAUCAGGAGCUACACUGCAACCACUGACAGCCUUUCUCCUCCUGCUUCUCCAAUCUGGACCAUGGCCAUGAAGGAGACGGUGCUGCCCAUCAGCGAGGUAUGCAGCCCCUUCCCAGAGGUGAUCGAGCUGAAUGUUGGUGGCCAAGUGUAUGUGACCAAGCGCACCACCCUGCUUAGCGUUCCUGACACAACGCUUCAUGCUAUGUUUGCACGGCGAGCACCUGGCGAGCUGCCCCGAGACAGCCGUGGCCGCUUCUUUAUAGACCGUGAUGGUUUCCUGUUCCGCUAUGUCCUGGACUUUCUGCGUGACAGACAUGUAGUUCUGCCUGAGCACUUCCCUGAGCGUGAACGCCUGCAGCGUGAGGCUGAGCACUUCCAGCUGAAUGAGCUUUUGAGACUGCUAGGACCACCACGUAUUGCCAAGCAGGGCUCACUCAACGAUGAGGGCUGCCACAGUGACAUUGAGGAGAGUUCUCAGAGCAGCGAGCUCCCUGGACGUACUCCAAGCCUGGAUAAGAGGUCAGGGUUCAUCACCCUUGGCUACCGUGGCUCAUAUACCACAGUGAGGGACAACCAAGCAGAUGCCAAGUUCCGGCGCGUAGCAAGGAUCAUGGUGUGUGGGCGAAUCGCUCUGGCCAAAGAGGUGUUUGGUGAGAGUCUGAACGAGAGCCGUGACCCAGACCGGCCACCCGAGAAGUACACUUCACGCUUCUACCUGAAGUUCACCUACCUAGAGCAGGCCUUCGAUAGACUGAGCGAGGCUGGUUUUCACAUGGUAGCUUGCAAUUCCACAGGGACAUCUGCCUUUGUUAACCACUACAGAGAUGAUAAGAUUUGGAGUAGCUACACUGAAUACAUCUUUUUCAGGCCCGCCUGCAGGACCGUGUCGCCGAGGACAGAGUGUGAGGAACCCAAGCCUGAGAAGCUGGCAGACAAGGGCAGUGAAAGUGGAGCUUCCUUGAACGAAUUGUCCACCUCCAGCUCAGAGACCCACUCAGAGGCCACAUCACCCCAGGAUGGAGGAUCUAUCUUGGUGCCUCGUGAGGAGGUAGUUGGAGGCUCCCUAGCACCCUGUGGAGCUCUGCAUUCAGUAUCUCGUCCCCCCAGUACCCUCACCCUCGGCAGGCCGCCCAAGAAGGGUGCCUCCGUGCAGUGGAUGGAGCUUCCAGAUAAAAGGCGCAACAGCGAGCUCUUCCAGUCGUUGACCAGUGGUGGGGGGCUGCGUGAGGGUGGACUCGUGCGCCGAAAGACUCUGGAAAGACCCAACGCUCAAGAGGAUAUGAAGCAGUGUAUUCGGGAUUUCCGCAAGAUCAGGAUUCCUCAGGCAUUCCCAGAACGGAAGCGCCAGUGGCAGUCAGAAUUGCUUCAGAAAUAUGGGCUCUAGAAAAGCUCUUAGUCAGAAUUUCUGUGGUGUUUUUUUUUUUCUUUUUUCCUGAUUUUCUUUUUUUUUCGUUUGAAUUUAUUUUUAAACAAUUUAUUUAUAAAGGUGCAAUAUUUCUCAAAAGGAAGUCAACAGGCUGUUAAAAAUGGCUGUAAUCUUGGAUGAAAGUGAGUAAAAAACAUUUGAACUACAUUGUAGCCCCUAUGUUCAAACUUAAAGCAAAAAGGGGAAACGAAUCAAGGAUCUUCAGCAGCUUAAAAAAAGUAUUAUUGAUGGUGAGGACUAUUUUUUUCCUCAACAGCCCAUUUAGCAGACGCUGUUGCUAGUAAAUCAAUCAAACUGAAAACACAGUAAAUAUUCUCUUAUGUUGCCUUGUCUUGCAUCAGUAGAGUUUAUGUCUUGUAUAUGUCUUGUACAGUUCCAUUGUGCAAAUGUCACCAUUUUAUACCUCACAAUGAUUUCCUAAUUUUUACUGAGUAUCAUGAAGCCAGCAUGGGAUUUAAUGAAGUUAAUGGCAUUUCUUCCAAUUCAUAAAAGUGACAUUGAAAUGUUACAUACUGAUUUUAAUGUUGACUGAUCUGAUGAAUUGCUAUGAGUUGAUGUGUACUGGAUGGUAUCUAAAACCUAUGGUCCAUAUGGUUCACUGUAUAAUAUGUGGUUUUAGUUUGUAAAGUGGUCUGUGCAUAACAAUGUUUGUGUAUAAUUAGUAAAAUAUGGCAACCAUACAAAAUGUUAGUUUUAAUAAAGCACCACAAAGUCUUACAUUUUAGGGCUUUUGAUAGAUGCCAAAUCACUUAACAAUAUGCUUACAGUACAAUUUACAAUAAAUGCUGGAUUGAGAUGCUGAAAUAUCUCUUUCCAGAGCACAGGUUUGAGAAGCACAAUGACACUGCUGUCUCUGUGAAACCUUAGUUGCAGUGUUCCAGUAAGUUUCCAACAAGAGCUAGUGUUAGUCUAUUGUAUGUAAAAUACAAGAAAUGGAGAUUUUCUUCUGUAAUUAAAUGUGUCGUGCAAAUGGAAAGAGAGAAAUCAGUUUGUCUGCUUUGUGUAUGAUUUUUUAAAUGUGUGGUAAGUUAAAAUAAACAAGGGCUGAUUAAAUGUCUGAAAGUAAUUUAUGAUUGUUCUAAAUAUGUUAUAGUAUUACUAAUACACUAGCAUAACUAAUACACAUGGCACAUGGCAUAGACAUGGUGAUGCAAUAGACUCAAUGAAAUUUCCCCACCUCUUUCUGAAUAUGAAAAUGGAAGAAAAUUUUGACUACUGUACAGCUUUGGUGGAAGAUUUGUG